AUGAAUAAGGCCGCACUGGAAUCCUAUCGACAAUCGAUUAUCAGGGCUAUCGAUGAUUCCCCCGACCCGGGGACUAGGGUCAACCUGACUCCAGAGACGACUGCCGACCAGUUUGCUCAAGACACGAAGCGUUACGAGCAGGUUGUCUUCAAAACAUUUGUUACCGCCCAGCAAGUGUCUUUCAUGGAGGCCGGAAGGCAUACGGGCGACGCAUGGAUGGCUGAUACGGACGAGGAUGGGGUGGACGAUGACGAUGAUGGUAGGCUUAGGGAUGGACGUUUGGUGAAAGUCGUCUGGCUAGAACUUCCCAUGUUGAGGUAUUUGCGGGGCAGCAGUCGAGAGGGCGAGAGUUUCACUCCAAAACGCUCUCAGAGUCUGAGGCUUCGUUCAAGGAUCGUCUCGCAACGAUGCGCGGCGAAGUCGUUCAAGGUAGGAGCGAGGCUGGGGACGGGGCACGUGGGAGUCAAGAUAGUAUUAUACUUGUAG